AUGGUUCUUCCCUCCUUCUUCGCAUCCUCAAAGAAGUCGUCCAAGACCAGAGAUAUCCCCAACCUUGCCCCCCGACCUUCACCCCAGGCUAACUCAGGCACCCCUCCUGCCUCGCCUGACAAACACACCCACUCAAAGGUGAAAGACAGGGAACGCUCCUCGACCCGCCGUUCGAGCUCGUACUCGUCCAAGCGUUCAUCCAAGUACGACCGCGACUCACACCCGCUAAAUCUCCCGCCCGAGGAACGCCAGCGCCUGUCCUCGCAACUGUCCGCCAUGGACCAGCCCACGCCCCAGCCAAUGGAUGUCGACAGGGAACACUCGUCCUCGCCCGCACCAUCCAGCCCCGUAGCAGAGGCCCCCAAGACCAACGGCGCCAACGGUGCACCCGACGGGCCCGCUCCUCCACCACACCGAUACACAAAGAGCCCACCGCCGCCUACCGCAAACUACGCUGCUACCCCCGAGGCUGCUACCCCGCCCGCUGAGCCCCCGACCAUAGACGCCGAGGAGUACAAGGCUGCAGGCAACAAGUUCUUCAAAAUCAAAGACUAUCCGCGCGCCAUCGAAGAAUACUCCAAAGCUAUCGAGGCCGAUCCCAAGAAUGCCACCUACUACUCGAACCGGGCCGCCGCCUACAUUUCCGCCAACAAGUUCUACGAGGCCAUGGAGGACUGCAAGAUGGCUGACGAGCUGGACCCCAACAACAUGAAGAUCCUUCUGCGGUUAGGCAGAGUAUACACAAGUCUGGGACGACCAGACGAGGCUGUACAAGUGUACGACUCUAUCAAUGCCACAGCCAAAGACAAGCAGCCUGCCUUGACAAUGCAGAAGCACCUGCGCAUGGCCGAAGACACUGCACGGAAUGAGGGUUCAGGAUCCAUGGUUAUUUACGCUCUCAACGAGGCUGAAAAGGGUCUCGGUGCUGGUGUAGACAAGCCUCGCAAGUGGCAGCUUAUGCGGGGAGAGGCACACCUGCGCAUGGGUAACGCUAAUGCGCUAGGGGAGGCGCAAAACGUCGCCAUGUCGCUGCUACGGUACAACAACCAGGACCCGGAUGCUCUCGUAUUGCGCGGCCGUAUUUUAUAUGCUCAAGGCGAGAACGACAAGGCUGUACAGCACUUCAGACAAGCAUUGGCUUGCGACCCCGACUUCAAGGCUGCCGUAAAAUACCUGCGGAUGGUUCAAAAACUGGACCGCAUGAAGUCGGAGGGUAACGCUGCUUUUAAGUCUGGCAGGUACCAAGAAGCCAUUGACACCUACACCCAGGCGCUACAAGUCGACCCCUCGAACAAGGGCACAAACUCCAAGAUCCUACAGAACCGAGCCCUCUGCCACAGCCGGCAAAAGAGCUGGAAGCAAGCCAUUGCCGACUGCGAGAAGGCGCUCGAACUCGACCCAAGCUACACCAAGGCACGGAAGACCCGGGCGAAAGCCUUGGGCGAGAACGGCAACUGGGAGGAAGCUGUGCGUGAUCUCAAAGCCAUUCAGGAAGAGAACCCAUCGGAACCUGGUAUCGCCAAGGAAAUCCGCGAUGCCGAGAUGGAGCUGAAGAAGAGCAAGAGGAAGGACUACUACAAGAUUCUCGGUAUCGAGAAGGACGCUACAGAGCAGCAAAUCAAGAAGGCAUACCGAAAGUUAGCCAUCGUACAUCACCCCGACAAGAACCCCGACGACGCGGAUGCUGCAGACAGGUUCAAAGAGAUCCAAGAAGCACACGAGACUCUGAGCGACGCACAGAAGCGUGAACGAUACGAUUCUGGCGCUGAUCUCGUCGAUCCCAACGACAUGUUCGGUGGCGGUGGUAUGGGAGGUGGCAUGGGUGGCAUGGGUGGUGGCAUCGAUCCAGAGAUUCUCAUGCAAAUGUUUGGUGGUAUGGGUGGAGGUAUGGGAGGCGGCCGUGGUGGCGGAGGUGGCUUCCACUUCAGCACCGGCGGCGGCGGCGGCGGCGGCGGCAGUCCAUUUGGCGGUAUGGGUGGCAUGCCCAGUGGUGGUCGAAGAGGAGGACCCCCCGGUGGCUUUCCCUUCUAA